AUGCUCGCAGACGCCCCAUGCACUACCCUCUGCGAUGCAGCCUUCCGCAACGACGUGGCAGCAGCCUCCGAGCUGCUCCAGUCGGGACUGCAUCCGAAUUCAAGAGUUCCCUGGUCGUCCGUUCAACGGUGCUCGAUCGCCCAGCUCUCUCCAUCCGCAACUUCCACUCCCACGCAGUCCUUGGCCGAGCCCGAGGUCUACGGAGCCCUUCCCCUCAACAUCGCUGUGAUGCGGGGCCAUCUGGAGAUGGUCCAGCUGCUGCUGGAAAACGGCGCCCAGGUCAACCGCCGAGACUCCAAGGGCAGAACGGCAGUCGUCUGCGCCAUAUACGGCUCCAGCGAUGUAAUGCUGAUCACCCGCACCAACUACAACGAGAUCACCGAAUGCCAGCCGGUCCACAUCGACUGCAUCCGUCUCCUUCUCAACCACACAUCGAAGCAGCGCAUCAGUUUCGAAGACAUCUGGAACAAGCCCCAGGACGGACCGUUCCUCCGGGGCAUCACGCCGCUCUGCUUGGUGUCCUAUCUGGGCAAGGAAAUCCUCGUCCGCAUUCUGAUGGAGGCGGGCCUGGAUCCGGACCGACAGGACAAGAACGGAGCGACGGCGCUGAUGUAUGCCGGUAAGCAGCCAACACCCCCUCUGACUCUUGCAUUUUGUCAAUAUCGCCGGUUGUCCGACACUUGUCUGGAUGGUUCGGCGCUUGUCUGGAUGCUUCGACGGUUGUCUGGAUGCUUCGACGGUUGUCCGGGGGGGGGAAGUUCCUGUCGACUGUCCCCGCAGCAUCCUGGACAGCGGCCAUGUUGCUGGCGCUAA